AUGCUCCGUAGCGCUAUCCGAGCCGUCUCUCGAACAGCCGGAGCUGUACAGGCCGUGCGUGGUCUUUCAGUGAGUCCCAUCCUGCAAACAGUUCGACCACUUGGCCCAAUGUGUAAACUACCCGAAUUCAAGGGAACAGCAGUGGUUGACGGGGACUUCAAGGUCAUAUCUUCCAAUGAUUACAAUGGAAAGUGGUUGAUCAUCUUCUUCUAUCCACUAGAUUUUACUUUCGUUUGCCCAACGGAGAUAAUCGCCUUCGGAGAUCGUGCCAAGGAGUUCCGUGAUCUCGGUUGCGAGGUUGUGGCUUGCUCGUGCGAUUCCCAUUUCUCGCACCUGGCCUGGGUUCAGACCCCACGUAAAGAGGGAGGAUUGGGAGAUAUGAAUAUCCCAGUCCUUUCCGACUUCAACAAAAAGAUUGCCCGAAACUUUGGUGUUUUGGAUGAGGAAACCGGUCUCUCAUACCGUGGUCUGUUCCUUAUUGAUCCUAAUGGAAAUGUACGUCACACUACUUGCAAUGAUUUACCAGUUGGACGCUCUGUUGACGAGGCUCUGCGUGUAUUGAAAGCAUUCCAGUUUGUGGAGAAACACGGAGAAGUUUGUCCUGCUGACUGGCAUGACGAUGCGCCAACAAUCAAGCCAGGUGUCAAGGAUAGCAAAGAGUAUUUCAGCAAAGUGAACAAGUAA